CUAUCUUUUACUUUUGCUUUUCUCCCAUUUAUUUCAAUUCAAUUCAUUUCCAAUUCUUAGCCUUUUGGAUGUGUAUAUAAAUUUAUUUGUUCCGAGUAAGAAUUAAAGACAAGAUCGGGGGGGUUUCCGUGGAUGGUGGUUGAGAGAUGGCGGUGAAGUUGAUGGGUUAUAACGGUGGUAGUUUUUCAGCCAAGAUGGAGGAGAGUGCUGUUAGAGAUGCUGCGACUGCUGGGAUUGAAGGAGUCCAGGAGCUGUUAAGAUUGAUCUCGGAAACUCAACCGAAGGAUUUGAACGUGGAUGCCUCCUUCAGAAAUAAGGAACCCGCCGUGGAAAUCAACGCCGUCGCCGAUGUUGCCGUCAAUCAUUUCAAAAAAAUGAUUUCUUUACUGGGUCGACCGAGAACUGGACAUGCACGGUUUAGAAGGGCCCCGAUGUGUUCACCGCCAGAGCAGCCGGAGCAGAAGAUUCAAAAACCAGGACCUUCAGUUCAGGCCCCCAAUCCCCAGCAGAAAGAUCUGGUUUCUGCUUUCAGGGUCUAUUGCCCCACCCCAGUUCAUCGUCUCCCUCCUCUUCCUCACAAUCACCAUCAGAGCAAGACGACCAAGAGUGGCCCUGCGGAAAGAACCGACACACCAACAACCAUAAAUUUCUCAACUUCUUCACCCAUUUCCGCCGCAAAUUCUUUCAUGUCUUCACUAGCAGGGGACACCGACAGCAUACAACCAUCCUUCUCCUCCGGAUUCCCGUUCACCAGUCCAUCACAUGUUCCAUCCUCCGGCAAGCCUCCCCUGUCUUCCUUGUUAAAGAGAAAAUGUGUUUCCAUGGACGACGCCGCUCUCAAGUGCGGAUCCUCCCCUGGCCGAUGCCAUUGCUCCAAGAAAAGGAAAUUAAGAGUAAAAAGAGUGAUUAGAGUUCCUGCAAUUAGCAGCAAGAUGGCUGAUAUUCCUCCUGACGAUUAUUCCUGGAGAAAAUAUGGUCAGAAACCCAUCAAAGGUUCCCCUCAUCCAAGGGGUUAUUACAAGUGCAGUAGCGUACGAGGCUGUCCGGCACGGAAACAUGUGGAGCGGGCGUCGGACGAUCCAAUGAUGAUAAUCGUAACCUACGAAGGGGAUCACAAUCACACUCUCAAUGUAUCAGAACAUAUACCGGCGAUAAUGGUUCUAGAAUCAUCCUAGUCCGUCCGUCACCCUAUCAGGCUGCUGUAAAGAAGCCAUCGUAGAGAUUCAGAACAAAGCCGUGAAAUGCACAGUACAGUUGCUCAUAAGUCAACGAAGCGGCUGCACUCUUUCUUCAAGAAGAUUGAUUGGUAGGUACGCCAAGAGCUGCGUAAAGAAGAAACUAAAAAGAUAGUGUAGGAUUCCUUUGGUUUUGGUUUCUCUUUUUUCAAGUUAAAGACUUUGUUUGGAAAAGUAAAGUAAAGAAGGAAGAAAAAAGUGGAGGUUGAAUCGUGCAAGUAGUGGAGAUGACUAUAUUUCUCCCUUCUUAUUUUUUUUUUUUUCGGUGUUAUUACUAUUUUUUUGCUUUUUAUUUAUUUAUUUUUAUAAAUAUGAUAAAUGAAU